AUCUUGUCCCAAGACUAUCACCAGCUCACUGGCACCUGAGAGCAGCAAGGAGAGCUGCACCUGAGGCGCCCUCAUCUCAACCACUUACAAAAGCUAUCCGUGAGUGACACCGUUCAAUUUGCAUUUGUUUCAUUGUGUCCUACGUGUGCUCUGUCUGCCCGGCACCACCGUGCGCAAACCGAUAUCCAUUCCCUCUAAAUUCGAAAAGAGCGUGUUUGCGCCGUUGUUGUACUUACUGUCAGCAAUGACAUCUCCCAUCGAUCUUGCGUCGCCCCAAGGGUCGCCCGAUCUGUCUCGUCCGUCGCCUUCUUGGCACUCACGAACAUCGGCGCAUCUUUCGGGGUCACGGCAGUAUCAGUGCUCAUCGAGUCACAUUGAACUUUUGCCGCGCACGGGCACACACGAUAGUCAAUCUCCUGUGAACCCGCCGCUGACUCUACUCCCACUUGGUUCCAGAGCUCCCAGGCUUCCAACGUUGUCGCCUGGUCCCGACCCAAGCCCUAACACGCUUCCCCACUCCGCAAUUUCACAUCCAUCGUAUCCAUAUUAUUCCAGCGAAAAUGACUUUCGCCGAGCGCGACUGCUAAGCGAUUCGUCUCCGAGUCGUCCAGGUCCAUCGUCUUACAACGGUCAACCCUCUUCAUCUCCACUCAAUCCACUUGAAAGUUCUCCACUUUCAAGAUCGUCUGCUCGCAAUGUUGCGAUAAAUCAGCCAUCUAUACGUCCCCGGACGUCUUCCAACCAGGUCUUUAACAAUGUAUCGGAUCUCGCCGCUCACUAUGGGAUACCCCAAUGUCUACCUCGUGCACCUAUCACUACUCCACGUAGAACGGACCCAGAAUCAAACGUACCACCAGAAAACAAUUUUUCAUAUCCAUCAGAUUUUACCAGUCUUUGCUCGAAUUAUUUAGCUAUGCUCUGCCAGAAGCCUGAUGAUGAUGGCGUGGCCAGUGUCCGCAAGGACACUGCGCCUCUCCCACCCUCUUGCGAGGUGAUGGAUGCAGACGCCAUUCAGACAAUAAUAAAGGCGCUCAAUGGCACCCCAGAGCUUCAGGCGUCGAAUGACCUGAACGAGUAUCUGACUUCGCCGCUGCUAGAUUCCCCUGCGGAUGAUUUGCUCACUACUCCUGCUGUCGGCUCUACUGAUCUCGACGCGGACAUUUUCACAAGUCCGUUGCUUGGGGACUUCGCUGGUGAUUCAUUCGGAGACUUUCCUCCUCUCUUCGAAGACUAUGCCAUGCAUGAAGAGCCGAAGCCACACUCCGAGCUUCUUGCCACGGAGCCCGACCUCGAGGCUAUGUAUCAAAUUUCCCCUGCUACUCCCUACCUCGACUCGCCAAUGUCAUCACCGUUCGAGAGCAACAUACACCAACCCGCCCCAGCCAGGCGGAAGACGCUUGCUACCGGUACCCGCAAGAACGUCAAACCAGAUGAUCUAGUUCCCGUUGAUGCUCCGACACAGCCUCGCAAGUACUUGACUCCUUCUGCUACCUCUCGGAAGGCGGUCCCUGCGGUGUGGUCUCGUAAACGCUCACGCCAGGGUGCGUUUGGAGACGAAGAAGAUCAGCUACCUGAAGAUGUGGGACCGUCGAUGUCCGAACAGGAAGCGAUCGAGGCUAAGCGUCGCCAAAACACCAUUGCUGCCCGACGCAGUCGGAAACGCAAGUUGGAGUAUCAGAGGGAGUUGGAAGAAAGUAGCGAAACUUGGAAGAACCGUGCGCAGACCUACUGCGCGCUUCUCCUCAGUCAUGGUAUUUCUGUUCCAGACUUGGGCCCUGACCUAUAGUCGAGGGUGACUGGGCUCUCCUGAUUUCAUUCUUCCUUUUUCUUGCGUGCCACACAAGCUUGAUACCAUUUUUGUCUUUUGGUUGUGAAUUGUUCUCUAAAGCGGCGUUCACUUCGAUGCUCCGUGUACGAAUACAUCCACCAUCAUUUACUUCCUAUUUCACUUGCCAGGAGCAUCGUCGUAUCCCCCACCCCCCAUCCUUUUCGCUUUGUCUUCGAAUACGCAGUACAGCUAAGAACGUCUGUCCACGUCCUAUGCCCUAUAUCUUUGCAUAUUAGAACACGAAUGAAUGAAACGAGUGUUUUGGUGUUGUAAC